AUGAGCAAAAAGAAGGGGCUGUCGUUUGAAGAGAAGCGUACUCGAUUGGCUGAGUUUUUCUACGAAACGAAGGACUUUUGGCAAUUAAAGGAUGUCGAAAAAUUGGCUUCCAAGUCGAAGGGAAUAGUUAUACAAAGCAUUAAGGAGGUCCUGGACAGUCUUGUUUCAGAUAAUAUUGUAACUGUGGAAAAGAUUGGUACCAGCAAUUACUACUGGUCGUUCCCGAGUACGGCUGUUCAAACUAGGAAACGUAAGAUUGAUGAACUAGAAGACGAAGUGAACAAGCUACAGGAAAAGCGAAAUGAGCUUCAGCUUUCGAUAAGUGAAGCGCAAGGUGGACGGGAAAAGACAGAUGAAAGAAUUGUCCUCUUGAGUCAGCUAGCGGAAGCAGAAUCACUGCGAAAAGAACACCUCGCCGAGUUAGAACGAUUUCGGGACUGUGACCCCGCCCUGCUGGAAGCAAAAGAGAAAGCAACAAGGGUGGCCAAGGAUGCGGCAAAUCGAUGGACAGAUAAUAUCUUCGCCCUACAGUCUUACUGCUCCCGGACAUUCAAUAUUUCAUCGCAACAAUUCUAUGAGCAGUUCAAUAUUCCAGAAGACUUUGAUUCAAUACCAUAA